UCAAUGACAGUUUAUUGGAGACAAACUUUUCUUUUUGAGAAAAUUACACAUUAUUUUAAGUUUAUAGAGACACGCAAAAUGCUUUUACAGAUUAAAAUUUAUUUAAUAACUGUUAUGUAUGUGUUUGGUGCUUUGUUUAUUAUUUUAUUUCCACCGCGAAAUUAUGAACAAUCAGGAGCUAAAAUGAGAACAGUGAGAUCUCUUGGAGCAGAUCUAAAAUUCAACCGAUAUUUUGAUCACAAAACCGUGAUGGAAGAGUCGAAACGAAUUGCCCACGAGGACAAGUCGGUUGCUCGAGUGGUCUACCUGAAACCAACCACCUUUGAGAACCGAAGUAUUGUAGCAUUAGAGCUACAUAGUGAUAGACAAAGCAAGAAGCCAGGGAUUCUAGUUAUUGGAGGAUUGAAUGGAAUGGCAUGGGGAGCUCCUAACGCGAUCCUGGAACUGGCAGACAAGUUGUUGUAUGAUAGCAACUACCAAACCCCUUUCUUUAAUGAUUACGAUUGGUAUCUGAUACCCAUGGGCAAUCCUGACGGUCUCCACUUCACUCAAACCCUACGCGACUUGAGACCCGUAGACCCACUAAUAUGGUCUCGAAAUAUAACGGCAAGAAACAAAACCCGCCCUAACCAUUGGCACAAAAAUGUGGACAAGGAAAAUGCGCAAGAGACUUGCUUUGGUACCAACGUUAAUCGCAAUUUCGCUUAUCACUGGCAAGACGACGUACACAGAACGCCUGAACGUUGCUCACAGUUCUACCCAGGCGUUAAACCAUUUUCUACGAGUGAAUCUCAGGCUAUUCGCAAAUACGUCGAUCGUCUCGGAGACAUUAUUCAUCUUGCAAUACAUUUGCAUGCCAGUUUCGUGCCUAAAAAAGAGUACAUUUUGUAUCCAUGGCGAUAUUCGACGCGGCAACCUAGCAACUACCGCACAUUGCAAGACAUCGGUGAAUAUACUGCAAGGCAAUCGCGACUUCCAGACGGACGACUUUAUGAGGUACACCAAAGCAGCAAUGACGUAAGGGUGGCGGGCUCGCUGAGCGACUACUUGUCAGGAGUGGUGGGGGUAGAUCUAGUGUUCCUCAUCAAGCCGUAUCAUGCAUUGUUUCCCAACUACACAGACUUCAGCUUGUUGGAGACAUACGUGAAGAAAUCCAUGUCGACGAUAUUUAGCGUCGUGCGCGGGUGGCGUAGCAGCACCAGGCAGAACACGCUGUCAUUCUUUGGCAGAGACGUUGAAUUUUAGUUCUAGUCAAUGUUCAUCUUUUUUGGUA